UUUUUUUUUCCUCUGGCAACACUGGUGCCUGCUAGUUUGGUUUUUGAAACUCCUGAGCAAAAUUUCAUAAAUUUAGACUGAAUUAUCAAUUUUCAAUACGUUGUGUAUAGUCUAAAACAUAAAAGUGAACAUCUUUCUUAUAAUUAAAUAGUCCAGCACUCCAAGUGACUUCAAAAAUUUUGGUUUUGCAUUCUAAACAAAUUUGGUGCGCGUGGGCUGUCGGCCAUCAUUACCUUUUUACCAAAACAAAAUGAUUUGCCCGGCAUGCGAAAAACCAAUAGGUGACCGUGAGUUAUUACGAUGCACCGCGUGUAAUAAGUGCUACAACUUCCAAUGCGUGAAUAUUUCGGUCUCCUACUAUCAGGCUAACCUACAAAAUCUGCGUCGUCUAUGGCAAUGUCCUGAAUGUAACGGCAAGAUAAAUACUAGACGGCGAGGCGACAGCACCCCGAUCCGCCGCCUACCUGAUGCAGCCAGUGCAGGUGCGCCCGAUAUGGAUAUGUCAUGUGAGGAAAUAGAGCCAGCUACUGAAAAUGCUGCAACUCAUCGCACAGGCUCUGGAGAUUCCGACAGUAUCACGUACGAUAAGUUUGCUGAACUGAUGGACAAGAAGCUGGAAUACAAACUUGGCACCAAAAUAGAUAGUCUGAAGUGCAUUCUGGAAGGCAAACUUGAGGCCAUGAUAACCAAUGCAAACCACAAUGCUGCUGCUGGGCCUGGCUCGGAACAAGAUGGAACGAUUGCACAGCUGCAGGAAUCUAUUGCAGAACUUCGCUCGGACCUCAAUGAGCGGGAACAAUCAGCUCUGCUUACAGAUAUUGAGAUCUCUGGGAUUCCGGAGCUUGAUGGUGAGUCCCCACUUCAUAUAGUGAUGGCUGUUGCGAAAAAGCUGGGAACUAUUCUUGAGGAAAGGGACAUUGUGUCUGCCAUGCGCAUGGGACCAAGGCGCAUUGUCAGCAUAAGCAGCAGUGGACCCACAUCGCGGCCCCGCCCCCUGGUAAUCCGUUUGGCUCGGCGUGCUACCCGUGAUGAGCUGAUCAAGUGUGCUAGGGUGCGGCGAGGGGCAACCACAACAGACCUUGGCUUGGCAGCUCAUGACCCCAAGCCAUUUUACCUGAACGAGCGUCUCACAAAAUUCAACAGAAUUCUAUUUGGAAAGGUCAGAGUGAGUCGACAGCAAAAAAAUUGGAAGCAUGCUUGGACGAGGGAUGGCAGAAUAUAUGCAAGGCAAACUGAUGUCUCCCCAGCCUUCCUGAUCCGUUCUGAAGCUGAUCUAGAGCAUAUUUUUGGUGUUAAUUUGCCUAAAUCUUCUACCUGAGCUAUUUAAUAUAUUUGUUUUUAUUCAAUGUGUCAUUUACCUACUUAGUGUCCAUUCUGCAUUGGAAUUUGUGUGUUCAUACUUGAUCAUAGGCUCUGUUAUUUUAUAUCAAGCUGAUUUUGAAUUGAAUAACAUACCGACACUGCUUUCAAACUGCAGUUUUGUCCUUUCUAACCUGUGCAUUCUACAUAGUUUAGUGGCAUUCCAGUUUUUACAUGUAGAAUCCUAU